GGGAGGCCCAGGACCGGUUCAGAUAAUCACCACUGGUGUUGACCGUGAGCGGCAAUCGAACCCGGGUCGCACGGGUUCGUUCCACAGCGCGCUGAAUGCUACACUACCGCUUACACCAGCGCGCACACAAACACAAAACACGCUCACUCACAGUCAACCACGCACCCUUUUUACGAGGUCACACUCUCUCACACUUAAGUCACGCAGACGCUUAAUCAUGCUAAGUGUCAUGCUUAUACCAAGUGACACACACACACGGUCACACUCAGUCACUCGCACACGCUGCGCGCACUAGCGUUCACACGCAGUUACUCUCGCGGUGAGAAUCGCACACUCACACUGAAUCACACACGCACGCUCACACUAAGGCACACAUACACACACACAUUAAGUCACACACACACGCGCUCACACGAAGGUACAUGCACCCGCUCACACUAAGUUACACACACGCGCGCUUACACGUACACACACACACGCUCACACUAAGUUACACGCUUACACUAAGUUACACGCACACGCUCACACUAAGUUACACACACACGCGCGCGCGCUUACACGUACACACACACACGUGCCUCACGCUACUAAGUCACGCUCACGCGGGAGAGGGACACCGGUUUGCGACGCAGCGCGCAUCCAUGGAUUGCAACAUUCGCGCGUUCUUCCUGAGCGCCGAGCGCUACUGCGCUCCCUACAAUGGGACCGCGAGCAGCGGGAACCCGGCGAUGCCCGGCUUCGUUUGCCCUCGGCCAGGGGACUCAGCCGACGACCUCUUCUGCUGCGGCUUCAGCGAUGCCAAGUACUGCUGCUCGGAAAUCGGUCGCUACUUCGAUGAGAACUACGACUACAUGUGGAGGCUUGGGCUGGGCGCCGUGGUGGUGCUGGUGGGGGCAGCUGCCGUGUUCAUCACAUUCGUCGUCUGCAUUACACUCUUCUGCUUCAUUUUCUUUUGCCACAAAGCAAAGUGCAUCAAGCAUGACGCAGGCCUCCUUGUCAACGUGAACCUCGUCGACGCAGCCGAAACCCCCGGCGAAGCCUCUGGCUGUGUCGGAAGGUCACCAUCGGUGCUCGACAGAUCACAGGAGAACGGAGUUUCGAGUGGCAACAAGCACACUCAGCACAGGGCACCCAGAGAGGCGUGGGUCCCAAUGCUCAUCACACAUACCGCACAGGUGGUGACUCACGAAGCCAUCAGCACGCCCAUCGCCAUACCUUAGUGAUCUCCCGUAGUGAUUAUGGGGGGCUGAGCCCCCCCCCCCACCCCCGUUCUGAAGGCUCAGCCUCAGCCCUCAUUCUAAAUGCGAAUUUUUUUUUUUUACAGUUGAGUCAGAAACAUCGGUGCAAUAUUCAUCACCAGUGGCUAUCUUUCCACGUACGUCGGGACUGACAGCCUGAGCAGAGUGCAUGAUAGACAAAAGCAGAUCGUAUCGUUAAUUGUCCUGUCUGGCGUUUCACGUUUAAGGUUUGUUUAAUCCUGGCGCUGUCACCCCCCACCCCUAACUUAUGCAUGCUCCCCCCACUCCCCCCUCCCCCCCCAAUUGAACCAGAGCAUGCUACUUGGUAAUUUACGCACUGUUUUUCAUUUACUGCUUAUGAAUGGGGUUGUACCCUCGUGAAAAUUGGGCCUGCCCCCAUACCUGCCCUACAAAAUGUAAUAUUUAUGGUCCAGCCAUUGGUCCCAAGCCCCGGGCUAAAACUGCAUUGUAUUACAGCAGCAGGCUGUCGAUGGUCAGAUUGCCCAUCUCUCUUCGUGCCAAAAGUCACAGCAUCUAGUGCAGUGGGAGCCACAUGGGAAUGACAAGUGUUGAGCCACCCGAGACCAGUGUUAAUGCAGUCUGCGCGCUUUUAUUUAAUUUCAGUCAGUCGAGUCGAUGGACAUUCUGCGGAAAGUUUAGUCAAAUCCCAGUCUGUGGAUUAAAGUGGUCAAUGUAAUUCACCCUUGGUUAUUAUUGGUGUGAGGGGUGGGCACCCCCCCCCCCCCCCCCAAUAUUAUAAGGUGACUCGAUCAGUGAAGCGCAGAGUAUUUCACUCGCUCCCGAAGAGAGAGAAACGACGAAAAUGCCAUCUGUAAUUACGUCACUACAUUAUUUGAGUUUUUCCUCUUCAUUCAGACUUGGUUCAUUCCGUCUCGUCAUCGUGGUGCUUUGGUGGGUAGCAUAGACGUGAUUCUUGAUGUUUUUCAUCCACGGAUUGCCAUAAUUGACUGAAAUACAAUAAAAAACUAUGAGUUAACCGAUAUACUCAUGGUGCAGUGGCAGCUGUGGAGAAUCUAACGUUUUAUUGGGCCACCUGAGACACAUUUUUGAAAAACAAGGCAUUGCACCUUUGGCUGCCUCCACAUCCAGACGCGGUAGUGUCGGUCACUGCUUCUGAAUGUGGUUGUACCCUCCAUGAAAUCUGACCUGCCCUCAUAUGACUGCCCUGGGCCAAUGUCAUAUUUUUGGGCGGCUCGUUAGCCUCAAGCCCCAGGCUAAUGCUUAUACACUUUUUGAGUUGCAGGCUAUCUGUACUUAACAACGUUAUAUCUUGCAUCUCAUAAAUCUACAAUUGUAUGCGCUCUAUCUGCCCAUCUCUCUUAUCUCUAUCUCUGGGUGCUUCGAUGAAAUACAAAGGCAGUAAAGUACAACAUCACACAUGCGACUCCCAAAGGCACUGAGUUAUGAGCGACCGAUGUGAACGUCUGUAGAAACUGACAGCUACACUGCACAAAUAGGAAAAUGGACCAAGCGCAAACUGUUUUAGCUAUGGGAACAUUCCCGACCACACGUUUGAGUUAAGCGAAUGCACGUGAGAUUAAGAUUACAUUGCCACAUGUGAAAUGGCUGGAUUUGUGAACGUGUAUCGAAAAUGACAUUGACACCACACAGAGGCACUGUACUUGGUCUGGAGGGUUAACUUGUCAGGGUGGAUCACGAUGCUAUGCUGAAUUGGUAUGUGUAUCUUUAUGCAUUCUAGUUUUGUUAUUUCAGGGUUCUGGUUACACUCAAUAGUGUCCCCAUGUUUCAUUCAGUACACCCAAUACCAAGUUAUCCUGAAUGCUCUCGAUCUCUUUAGAACUCUCAACCUCUUAAGCGGGCUUGAGUCUGCAUAGUGCUCACAUGGGUGACAACCAUUCAUAAACAUGUGUUACUGGCAGGCUGCGAUGCUACGUGGUGGCGAAAUGUUAACUGCCUCGCCUGGUAUACAGGAGUGCAUGGGUUCCAUCUCAACCCUGGAGCCUGCUGUAUAUAUGGAGUACUCGUUGUGGUCGCGUGGAUGUUUCCCCGGGUCUGUUUUUUCCCUCCACAGUUAGAAACGUGCGUUUCGAGUAUCACACUGCUAUUAAUUUCCUACAUGAUAAGCCACUUCGUUUAGUUAUCACUUGUGGACAGGUCGCUUCUGAAAAAGAGCUAUAUAGCUCAGUGGGCCUUGCCUGGUAAAAUAAAUAAAUUGUUUGGUUUACGGUAGCAAAGAGCAGUGCAGGAAAAAAACACAUUGCUGCUCUGUACAUCUACACCUUCACAUCUCUGCUUCACUCCAUCAACAACCCACACUGACCGGCGUGGUGAAGUACAGCCAAAUAACCCCCAUGACCAACACAGCAUGGGGAGGCCUUCAUCCAAUAGUGGACUGACAAUGGGCCGUACAUGCACACACACACACACGAUCUAGCACAUAAUUGAUUAAGUCAUUGAUUCUGGUCUAACUUGACAAAAUCACUCAUUCAUUCUCCUUUCCAGUCUCGUAAUUUGUACACUCGUAAUGCCGAGUUUUUUUUAGUGCCCACAAACACGAAGAUAUAGGAAGUAACGCUAUAGAUUAAUGCCCUGAUAAAUCCAGGUGAAAUCGAACACGAGCAAAUGUAAUACCUGGUUGUAGAUUUGACACGGUUUAGAGGUUUUGGUGUAGGAGAGGCUUUCUUGCAACAGAAACAGAUCCUACACAUUUCAUCAAGUAAUCGUUUUGUCCCAACUGGCAAAGACUAUAGCUCAGGGGCCGUCCAUAAAUGACGUCACGCACCUGGGGGGGGGGAGGGUCAGACA